GUAUGGCGGGAAAAACAUUUCAUGGCACGGACGGACCAUCAGCCAUCAGAGUUUCGGCGAGUGAAGGCGGUGAUGUCGUGUUACCGUGUUCUCUCAGCACCAACGAGAACAUCGAGAAAAAACUCUUUGACUGGAGAAAAGAUGACGGGCGGACAGAGGUGUUCAUGUACGACGCAGGCCUGCAUCACAAUAACGGCCUCUCAGGUCAAGAUGAGCAGUUCAGAGGUCGAGUCUUUCAUUUCCGAGAUGAGCUGAAGAACGGCGUCGCCUCCGUAAUCAUCAGAAACACAACAGUGGCCGACAGCGGAGAAUACACCUGCUUUUUUCCACUUCUUCAGCCUCCUCAGAUCUUCCACAUCGAGCUUGUUGUUGGCUCAUCUCCAAAGCCAUCCGUCACAAUACUUAAUGCCACGGAUGAUGAGAUGCUGCUGCAGUGUGAAGUUUUAGGUGCUUCUCCGAAACCUGAAGUCGAGUGGAGGGACAGAGCCGGAAACAAACUUCCUGCUAACAACUCACAGGUCACAGAGAGAGGAGGCAGCUACGACAUCGUCCUCCGAACCACUGUGACCAAAACCGACAACUACAGCUGUGUAUCCGUACAGGAGACAAUCAGCCAUCAGACUCAUGCUGAGAUUUCUGUGCAUAUCAGUGGGAACUCCUCGAAAAAAGUGAUGACAGCCUUUUAUGCUGUAAUAGCAUUAGGAAUCCUAAUAGCAGCAUUUUUGAUUUGUUAUUGUGUCCUUAAAAGUAAAGAUAAAGGGAGACCGAUCCAGAAAUUGAUGCAUCUUAUGGACAAAAAAUGCAAAACUAGCUGCAGUAAAAUGUGUGAGACGGGAUCCAAGGAGCUUCAGUCACACUCUGGUCCAGAGUCUCCAGCUAUGGAGGAGCAGCAGCCACUGUACGCAGACGCACAAGGUUCACAGGAAGGAGCGCCUACUGUCAUGACUACACAAGUCUGAACAGACCUCAAUAUUUGAAUUUUGUUUUAUGUUUUUACAUAUGAAUUAUUUUUACAACUUUGAUAUCAGCUGAACGAAAGAAUAAUAACCCUGUCAAGGUACAAGGUAGAUUUAUUUGUCAUUUUUUAAAACGUCGUACGCAUUCUCAUUGCAUUAAAAAGCUGCAGGCGUUAGUGGCUUUUUUGUACAGUGGGAAAGAGGCUUAAGACUGAAACCAGCAGUGAGCAGUGCAGGGAGAGACAUAAAAAAACAAAUGGACUGACUAAAAGCUUCCACCAAAGAACUGGUUAAAAUUUCAUAAUUUUCAUUCAAUGUUUUAAAAAAAAUGGACAGUGUCAGUGUUGCUGUUACACACAAGUGUGCAAAGCAAAUGGGUCAAAUUCUGUUAGUGUUGUAGGAGCCAUUUUAUUUUAUUUUAUUUUAUUUUAUUUUCUGUUGUAUGUAAUUACCUCCUCCAAACGCUAGGGGGAUGUAUUGGUUUGGUAUUGCCGGAAGACAUUUAAUCCAGAGAGCAUCAGUAACAGGGGUUGCAAUUGGGUGGAAGCAAUCAGUUUUUGACUGUGCUCAGGGAAGAUCGCCGUGUUUUCGUUAUACUUUAAAUUCUUUAUAAAGUGCCGGAUUAUAGAUGUGAUAAGUGCCGGAUUAUUGAUGUGAUAAGUGCCGGAUUAUUGAUGUGAUGGCGGAACGACGAAUAAACGCGUGUGAUGAGGAACCUGUGAGCCUGGACCGUCUUUUCCGAGUACACGUCGAAACAACAGUAGCCCAAUUAGCAGCCGGUAGCGGCUAAAAGUAUAGGACUUAGCCACUAUAAGUGUUAUAAGUCUUUUAUUUUAAUAUUUAGGCCAAAUUAUGAGACUCAGGUUUACUAUGAUGCUAUGAAAAUUUAGUGUUAUUGUGUAAAAAUGGUUGUUUCAAUUUCUUUCAUUUUUCAGUGGUAAAUGUUUGCUCAUGGCACAAAAAUGUGUUGCAUAAAGGUGGCAUCAGUGUUUUCAGCUUAACUUCGACAAGCCAAAGUCUGUAUGGUACACUUUGAAAUGUGUCUUUUUAACUGAACACUUGUGCAGUUUAUGUAAUUUCCAUCCAUGUAUAAAAAUUAUAUUAGAUAUAAGACCGGUUGCCAUUAUGAUUCGUGGUUUAACGUGAAGGAAUCAAAGUGAUUUUACCGUCUAUAAAGUCUUUUGACAUUAUGAUGUUUUAGAGAUGGUUUACCUUCUUGAUUUUUGUGAGAUUACAUUUUUCAAGGUGUUUGGUUUAGCAGUUGACCUCCUUUUAUUCUCCUGUGACUGAGAUAUUUACCGGGUAUCUGUUAUAUCAAACUGUUGUAAUGCUUGUUAAUACACGAAUAUUAAGGUCAAACAGACAGUUGUAUUAAGAGUUUUCUCAUUUUCUAACCACAUGCAGAAGUUUUUCAGAGACAGAAAAACAUAUA